AUGUACUCGGGUCAGUAAACUGUAACACAAGCUGAGAUGUGUUAGAAGCUACACCAGUGCAGGACUCCGGUGUAUUAUUUUUCAUGUGUUUGGACUCAUAGUGGCACCAUUUGGGGAAAUGAUUGGGAUAAGCUACACGUCGUCAUUCAUUCUGAUCCUGAGUCUUUCUCUCAUUUCAGGAGAUCUCGCUUCAGAUUCACCUUCAAAUAUAGCAGAACCAUCUGUAACUCUAGAUGAUAGUACAACAGAUAUUUCUGCUGUAACUUCAACAGAUCCUGCUGCAACUACAGCUGACACCACUGAUUCAUCAGAUAUUUCAACAACUAUCGAUGUCACAGGAACAGAACAACCGUCAAAUACAGCAGAACCAUCUGUAACUCCAGAUGAUAGUACAACAGAUAUAUCUGCUGUAACUUCAACAGAUCCUGCUGUAACUACAGCUGAUGCCACUGAUUCAUCAGAUAUUUCAACAACUAUCGAUGUCACAGGAACAGAACAACCGUCAAAUACAGCAGAAACAUCUGUAACUCCAGAUGAUAGUACAACAGAUAUAUCUGCUGUAACUUCAACAGAUCCUGCUGCAACUACAGCUGACACCACUGAUUCAUCAGAUAUUUCAACAACUAUCGAUGUCACAGGAACAGAACAACCGUCAAAUACAGCAGAAACAUCUGUAACUCCAGAUGAUAGUACAACAGAUAUAUCUGCUGUAACUUCAACAGAUCCUGCUGUAACUACAGUUGAUGCCACUGAUUCAUCAGAUAUUUCAACGACUAUCGAUGUCACAGGAACAGAACAACCGUCAAAUACAGCAGAAACAUCUGUAACUCCAGAUGAUAGUACAACAGAUAUAUCUGCUGUAACUUCAACAGAUCCUGCUGUAACUACAGUUGAUGCCCACUGA